AUCAUUCAUGCAAAGUCACCUGAACAUUUCAUAAGUAGAUAUACAAGCCUACCAAACAUUUCAAAACAUAUAGAAAACAACAUCGAAGGUUUUGUAUUGCAAAGCUUAGAUAUAUAUACCAUCAUGAUAAUGAAGAUAUCUAUGGCUAUGUGCAAACAGCCAUUGCCUCCUUCUCCGGCGUUAGACUUCCCUCCGGCAAGAUUUGAUCGCAAUAUGCUAACUCUAAACCCAUACGGUCCAAAGGACAAAGUAGUGGUCAUCAUGGGUGCUACUGGGACAGGCAAGUCACGACUCUCCGUCGAUUUAGCCACACGUUUUCGGGCGGCUGAGAUCAUAAACUCCGACAAGAUCCAAGUCCACCAAGGUCUAGACAUUGUCACCAACAAGAUCACGAGCGAGGAGAGCUGCGGGGUACCGCACCAUCUCCUUGGGGUCUUGCCCCCUGAAGCAGACUUAACCGCGGCGAAUUACCGUCAGAUGGCCAAUCUCUCCAUUGAAUCCAUCCUAAACCGUGGAAAGCUUCCAAUCAUCGUUGGAGGUUCCAACUCUUACAUGGAGGCUCUCGUGGACGACGAAGACAAACAAUUCAGGUCGAGAUACGACUGUUGUUUUCUGUGGGUCGACGUGGCACUUCCCGUUUUGCACGGGUUCGUGUCUGAGAGAGUUGACAAGAUGGUGGAAAAUGGAAUGGUUGAGGAAGUUAGAGAAAUUUUUGACUAUUCGGAUUCGAAUUACUCGAGAGGGAUCAAGAAAGCAAUCGGAGUUCCAGAGUUUGACAGGUUUUUUAGGAAUGAGCAGUUCUUGAAUGUGGGAGACAGAGAAGAGCUGUUAAGAAAAGUGGUCGAAGAUAUAAAGAGGAAUACCUUCGGGUUGGCUUGUAGGCAGAGAGAAAAGAUCGAACGGUUGAGAAAGGUGAAGAAGUGGUGCAUUCAGAGAUUGGAUGCCACUCCGGUCUUCACAAAACGAAGGUCCAAGACGGAUGCUGACGUAGCAUGGGAGAGGCUUGUGGCUGGACCAAGUACCGCUGCUGUGUCGCGGUUUAUGCUGAACAUUGCCAGCGGUCGACAGCUUGUGGAAGCUUCAACAGCGGUUGCGGCAGCCAGGGAACGCGAUAUGUUGCGGUGUCUAGUGGCGUGAUCAGUACCCUGUCAUUACUAACCACGUACGUAAAGCUCGAUCGAUAAGGCUGGAUUCGGAAAUGCGCAUGUGGUUAAUUAACUUUUACGCCAAUGGUGUUUUGGUGAUGAUGACGUGGCAAUGAAGACUAAGAUGAGUGGGGGCGAAAUAUAUAUAUAAAUAAGCUAGAAAAAUAAAGUUAUAUCUAGAUAUAUAUUAUAUAUGCAUGGAUAUCGUAUAUAGUAUUGUCAGAUACUGAAAAUUUUGGCAUAACUGUUAUUCAGUAUUAUCAUCUACUUUUUUGGAUGUAAGUGGGAAUGCUAUAUUUGGAAAGUGAGGACUUACCCGCCUUGUAACAAUUUGAUUUUAAUAAUAUAAGCUGAGUGUGGGGCUUAUAUAUAUAUAGUUGGCACAAUUUAUAGUUA